CAGGUCCCAGACCCCCCCCCCCCCUCCUCAUCCUCCCACCAUGCUGGGCCCGGUUCUGACCCGGUGUCUGCUCGCCACCCUGCUGUGCAUGUGGCCGGUGUGCGCCGCCCAGGCCACCACCGCCUCGCCGCCCGCCUUCCAGCUGCGCCUCGCCGGGGAGAAGCGUAAACACUACGAGGGCCGCGUGGAGGUGUUCCACGCCGGGGAGUGGGGCACCGUGUGCGACGACGACUUCUCCAUCUCCGCCGCGCAGGUGGUGUGCAGAGAGCUCGGCUUCCUGGACGCCGAGGCCUGGCUGCCGUCGGCCAAGUACGGGAGAGGAGAAGGCCAGAUCUGGCUGGACAACGUUCACUGCUCCGGAGGAGAGAAGAGUCUGGCCCGGUGCCACUCCAACGGCUUCGGGGUGUCGGACUGCAAGCACUCUGAGGACGUGGGCGUGGUCUGCACCCAGAAGCGCAUCCCGGGUUUCCAGUUCGUCCGGAACCAGGCUGGCAGCGACGAGGGCGUGGCGGUCCAGGUGGAGGACGUGAGGAUCCGAGCCACGUUCUCCCAGAGGAAGAGGGUCCCGGUGACCGAGGGCUUCCUGGAGGUGAAGGACGGAGGCAAGUGGAGGCAGAUCUGCAACGCGGACUGGACCCCGGCCAACAGCCGGGUCGUCUGCGGCAUGUACGGCUUCCCCUCGGAGAAGCGCUUCAAGCCCCGCCCCUACAAACUGCUGGCCGACCGCCGGAAGAAGAACUACUGGGGGUUCUCCGUCAACUGCACGGGCAACGAGGCCGACCUGUCCGACUGCAAGAUGGGCACGGAGGUGUACCUGAAGGGCAACGCCACCUGUGAGCAAGGCAUGCCCGUCGUGGUCAGCUGUGUGCCGGGGCGGGCCUUCGCCUCCAGCCACAGCGCCGGCUACAUGAAGGCCUACCGGGUCGAGCAACCCUUGGUGCGUCUGAGGGGCGGAGCCAUGAUUGGCGAGGGCCGGGUGGAGGUGCUGAAGAACGGCGAGUGGGGCACAGUGUGCGACGACAACUGGAGCAGGACAGCCGCCACCGUGGCGUGCCGGGAGCUCGGCUUCGGCAGCGCCAAGGAGGCGCUGAGCGGCGCCCGGCUGGGCCAAGGCAGCGGGCUGGUCCACAUGAACGAGGUGGAGUGCUCCGGCUUUGAGAAGUCUCUGACUGAGUGCUAUUUCAACCGCGAUGCGCUGGGCUGCAGCCACGAGGAGGACGCUGCGCUCCGGUGCAACGUUCCGGCCAUGGGCUUCAACAAAAGACUCCGGCUGAGUGGCGGCCGCAACGCGUUCGAGGGCCGCGUGGAGGUCCAGGCGGCGAGGAACGGCACGGCGGCGUGGGGCGCCGUGUGCAGCGACGGCUGGGGCACCAUGGAGGCCAUGGUGGUGUGCCGGCAGCUCGGCCUGGGCUUCGCCAGCCACGCCUUCCAGGAAACGUGGUACUGGGAGGGCUCGGCCGAGGCCGAGGCGGUGCUGAUGAGCGGGGUCCGGUGCUCGGGGGCCGAGCUGACCCUGGACCAGUGCCUCCACCACGGGGACCGGGUCCAGUGCCCCCGAGGAGGCGGGCGCUUCUCGGCCGGCGUGUCCUGCACUCAGCUGGCCCCGGACCUGGUCCUCAGCGCCCAGGCCGUGGAGCAGACCACCUACCUGGAGGACCGGCCCAUGUACGCGCUGCAGUGCGCCCACGAGGAGCGCUGCCUCUCCCAGAGCGCCGACACGGCCGACUCCGCCUCCUACCGGCGCCUCCUGCGCUUCUCCUCCCAGAUCCAGAACAACGGCCAGUCGGACUUCCGGCCGCGGGCCGCGCACCACGCCUGGGUCUGGCACGAGUGUCACAGACACUACCACAGCAUGGAGGUGUUCACCCUCUACGACCUGCUGAGCCUCAACGGCACCAAAGUGGCCGAGGGCCACAAGGCCAGCUUCUGCCUGGAGGACACUCACUGUGACGAAGGGAUCCAGAAGAACUACGAGUGCGCCAACUUCGGGUCCCAGGGCAUCACGGUGGGCUGCUGGGACACGUACCGCCACGACAUCGACUGCCAGUGGAUCGACAUCACGGACCUGAAGCCCGGGGACUACGUCCUGCAGGUGGUCAUCAACCCUCACUACGAGGUGGCGGAGUCGGAUUACACCAACAACGUGAUGCGGUGCCGCUCGCGCUACGACGGCCAGCGCAUGUGGACCUACAACUGUCACAUAGGUGGCUCACUGAGCUCUCAAACGGAGGAGUCGGCCCCCGGGCUGCUGACCAACCAGCUCUCUCAGAGGUAGACGGCGGGACAGACGGACAUCAGGGACCCAUGUAAUGAUAUUGGACAACCACUAGAGGGAGCUGUGGCGGCUUGCUCCCUCGGAGCCGCGCUGACGGCUUUGGGCUCAGCUGGUACCGGACAUUGAAACUGCUUUGCUUUACUCAUUAGCCACACCCACAUGUUCACGCGCCUUUGUUUUCAGUGAAAUGUUCCGACCUGAUAAGACGGGAAAGAUACAGGGAAACUUUAUUUAUUAAGUUCACUGUGACGACAGUCGUCCUCAAAGCCAAAACGUUUGAGAAAAGCCUCAAACCAAAAUCCAUGAGACAUCACCUUCAGUUGUGUUUGCUGGUGCUGCCCCCUGGCGGUUUACCCUGGUACUACACUCUGGUGCGCUACACUCUGGUGCUGCCCCCUGGUAUUACAACCUGGUAUUGCACCCUGGUAUUACACCCUGGUGCUGCCCCCUGGUACUACACCCUGGUAUUACAACCUGGUAUUACAACCUGGUGCUGCCCCCUGGCGGUUUACCCUGGUGCUGCACCCUGGUGCUGCCCCCUGGUACGACACUCUGGUGCUGCUCCCUGGUGCUGCAGCUGAAUGCUGCACCUUUUUCACCCCAAAGAGUUGAAUAAAAUAUUUUUUUUAAAUGUGCAUUUGCGCUCACAGUAUUUAGAGACUUUAACUCGACACGGAGAACAAACACAGUCCAUCAUGAUCAGAACUACCGAGCAACUGACCAGACAAAAGAAUCCUGUUUUUAUGAAGACUGUAUUCCACUUUCCACAGAAGGAUGAGAACUUGUCACCCAAAGUGUAAAUUUAGGAUCCCUAAAGUUAUUUAAUUUGCUUGGAUUUGUUUCCCGCUUCGUUUCUGGCAAUGUGGUCAUAAAUCGUACAAAUUGUGUCCCUACCAGGAUUUAGUGUUCCACAUACUUGAGCUCGCGUUUGAAAAUGUUUUAUUUAUUGAAAUUAGUUUUUCGUGGUCGUUCCAGUGGACACGUCUUCCUCGUCGGGGUCUGUGGUACAUCCUCACGGGGACUACGACGACUUUGUGGACGGACUUAGACGCCACAGACGUGUGAAAAUGCCUCAUUGUGUUGUGAUUUUUUUUUUCCAUGUAGCCAAUUCCAUUUGUUUUUGUUGCUUGCCGCCUGACUGAGGCGUCGUAUGCACGGGUGAAUGUGGAAAUGGAUUUGACAUUUUAUAUAAAUAUUGGUGAAUGCAGAUCUCAA